AUGUCGAACCAAGUCCUCUACAACAUGAUCGCUGCCAGAGACGCCCGAGGAAAAAAAUACUUCCAUUACGCUUGCGAAGUUGGGAGCCCAUCUCUUCUUGUGCGUGUGGGAGCAUUUUUUCCCAUUGACUUUCGUCAUCUGCUGGAAGUCCACGAUUACGGAGGGUCACAGCCUAUUCACGUGGCUGUGAAUAAGCAUGCUGGUCCAGUUGCGGUGGACAUCAUCGAGGAGCUGAUCGAGAUGGGAGCCAAUGUCGACGGGAAGGAUCGUCUGGGUGGCGAUACGGUCCUUCACAUAGCUGUCCACAACAGUGAUUACCAUCUUGCUGGCUGGCUUUGUAAGCAGCAGAACAUCACAAUAAACGCAUUAAACUACGCACGGCAAACGCCCUAUGAUUUGGCUUGGAACAAAGGUGAUAAGACCAUGAUGAAAAUUCUAGAGGAUCAUGGGGCGGAAACCGAGCCGAUUUUUGGUCCGUGCAGUGAUGACAGUAAUUAA